CUUACAAGUAAUAUCGACUUUAAACAGAAUAACGAAAUUCGGUUCAUGUCGAUACAUCAUUUAGUCUUUAGCCAUGGUUUUAUAUGGUUGAGUACGGCAAUUUUGUUCGACUUGUAACUGUGGAAAAGCAAAGAAAACAAGGAAUUUUGCCGUCAUGAAAAGGAUGAUAAGUUUGAAGGAUACUAGAAUAAAAGCUCAAGACAGAGAGAAAAAGAAAAGAAAAAAGCCAGAUCCACAGAACAUGAAAAUCAGAGAACUACCACAGGCUUCAUCAGCAUUGUUUUUCCAGUACAACACUCAGUUAGGACCUCCAUAUCAUGUGAUUGUAGAUACAAACUUCAUCAACUUUUCCAUAAAGAACAAACUGGAUAUCAUCCAGUCAAUGAUGGAUUGUUUAUAUGCUAAAUGUAUUCCUUACAUAACAGACUGUGUUUUAGGAGAAUUGGAAAAACUUGGCAGAAAAUACAGAGUUGCUCUGAGAAUCGUGAAAGACCCAAGGUUCCAAAGAAUACCAUGUUUACAUAAAGGAACAUAUGCAGAUGAUUGUAUAAUGCAGCGUGUAACACAGCACAAGUGUUACAUUGUGGCAACAUGUGAUAAAGAACUAAAGAGAAGAAUACGAAAAAUUCCUGGUGUACCUAUUAUGUACUUACAACAACACAGAUAUUCAAUUGAAAGAAUGCCUGAUGCAUUUGGAGCUCCAAGAACUUGAUUAUAAUAAAUCAAAUUUUGUAAAUUUA